AUGGAGCGCGAGAGGAAGCGCCACCAAAACAGGAGCUUUAGUUACGGAAUGAAAGACCAACCACGGGAACAGUUCAACUUCCGUGAUUCUUCACGCCUGAUCCAUCAACAUCUAGCUAAAAACAGGCGAUUUGACCAGAAAAUGGAAAAAAGACGUCCUGUGCAAGAUAAAAUGGAUGGAUCAGAGAGGCAGAACGAUCCCCAAAACUGUCAGUCCCAAUGUGGAGGAGAAAUGGGAAGAAGGCAAGAGAAGAGAAAGAUGCAGAAUGUUCACCAUGCCAGGCAGGUGCCCAAAGAUGACCCGCAGCUUGGGAGAUCCCAACAGUAUAGAGGGAAUAGCACCAAGGAUGGUCAUUGGCAUGAGGUUAAAAGCGGCAGAGGAGAACCUGGCCAAACUAAGGCCAAUGAAAGCCCACUGUUUCCCAAUCAUAAACUCAAAAGAUGCCGGGAAGGUAAACUAAUUUUUUUCCUCUUCAUCUACCGUUUCUGUUUGUCAAUUGUGUUUUGUUAGAAUUGUCGAUUUUUUUUUAACUUAUUGUACUGUGCUGCAAAAUAUGUCAGCACUAUAAAACCCAUUGUAAUUGUUAUUUAAGGUCAAGCCGAAGCCAAAGAUGGGGAUGGUUUCCGUCAUAAAAGAAGACAAAAGGCAGAUAUGGAGUACAGUCCUCCCAGAAUGACACUAGAGGAGCUGGAUAAAAAACUGGCAGAAUAUGACCUUCCUACUAAAAGUCUGCUAGUUAAAUCAACAGACUUCAACUAUCCCCAAAAUUGUCAGUCCCAAUGUGGAGGACAGGUAGGAACAAGGCAAGAGAAGAGAAAGACGCAAGAUGUUCCCCAUGCCAGGCAGAUGCCCAAAAAUGACCCGCAGUUUGGGAGAUCCCAACAGAUUAGAGGGGAUAGCACCAAGGAUGGUCAUUGUCCUGAAGUUAAAAGGGGCAGAGGAGAACCUGACCAAACUAAGGACAAUGAAAGUCCAGUUCGCAGUCGUAAACGCAAAAGAUGCUGGGAAGGUAAGCUCAUAUUUUCCGUUUGUCAAAUGUGUUUUGUUAGAAUUGUUUGUCUUUUUUUCUACCUGUUGUACUGCGCUGCAGAAUAUGUCAGCACUAUAUAAAUCAUUGUAAUUGUUAUUUAAGGUCCAGUCGAAGCCAAAGAUGGGGACGGUUUCCAUCAGAAAAGAAAACAGAAUGCAGAUAUGGAGUACAGUCCUCCUAGAAUGACACUAGAGGAGCUGGAUAAAAAACUGGCAGAAUACGACCUACCUACUCAAAGUCUGCCAGUUAAAUCAACGGACUUCAACUAUCCCCAAAACCGUCAGUCCCAGUUUGGGAGAUCCAAACAGAUUAGAGGGGAUAUCACCAAGGAUGGUCGAUGUCCUGAAGUUAAAAGGGGCAGAGUGGAAGCUGGUCAAACUAAGGCCAAUGAAAGUCCAGUUCGCAGUCGUAAACGCAAAAGAUGCUGGGAAGGUAAACUGAUAUGUUUUCCCUUCACCUACUGUUUCUGUUUGUCAAACGUGUUUUGUUAGAAUUGUUUGUCUUUCUUUAUACCUAUUGUACUGCGCUGCAGAAUAUGUCAGCACUAUAUAAAUUAUUGUAAUUGUUAUUGAAGGUCAAGCUGAAGAUGAGGACGGUUUCCAGCCCAAAAGACAACGGGUCCCAGAUAUGGAGUUCACUUCUCCCAGAAUAACACUAGAGGAGCUGGUUAAAAAGCUGUCAGAGAUACAUGUUGAAAGCCGGCCAGUUAAAUCAAUAGACGUCAACCAUCCCGGCACACAAGACUCAUCUGUUGAAGAUAUGGAAGUCGAUUAG